AUAUUUGCAGACGAUACAUACAGCAAGCCAUAUUUCGUGACCUACGUCAAUUCGACAUUUUUCAUCAUUCCAUUAAUUCCAAUAUUAAUUCACAAAGCAUACAAACAGCCGGAAGAGCUGAAAUCCUGGAGAGAUGAGUUGCGCAGCCGAGCCGUCGGGCGGUACAUGCCUGUCAGGGACGAGGAGGACGUCGAAGAGGAGGUGAACCCAAGAGCAAGCUCAGAGAGUGUAGAGGAUGACACGCGGAUACAUCGUCGACCUUCAGUAAGGUCUCGUACUGAGUCCCAACAGAUCGAUCUUCAGGAGGGCUCUGCUCCACCUCUGACACUAUACGAGACGAUGCGACUCAGUUUUGAAUUUUGUAUACUGUGGUCCUUGGCGAAUUACUUUGUCUCGGCAUGCUUGCAAUACACGACUGUGGCAUCGUCGACCAUCCUGACAAGUACGAGCAGUGUGUUUACGCUCGUCUUUGGAGUCAUGUUCAAGGUCGAGAUAUUCACAUUUCGCAAGACACUUGGCAUCAUGGCUUCUCUAGCCGGCAUCAUAUUGAUCUCCUCGAUCGAUCUUUCGGGCCGGAACAAUGACGAGGACCAUCGUGGUGACUUCCCGGAGAAAUCAUCACAAGAGAUCGCGGUUGGCAAUACUAUGGCUUUGAUUUCGGCUGUAAUUUACGGCAUGUAUGCGGUCCUGAUGAAGAAACGCAUCGCUGACGAAAGCCGCAUCAACAUGCCGCUCUUCUUCGGAUUCGUGGGCGCCAUCAAUUUCUUCCUCUUCUGGCCUGGAUUCCUUGUGUUGCAUUUCACGGGUAUUGAGCCAUUCGAGCUACCACCGGACAGUCGCGUCAUGACCAUUAUCCUGUGCAAUUCGUUGGCCAGUUUGAUUAGCGACAUAACGUGGGCCUAUGCGGUCCUACUCACAUCGCCGCUCGUGACCACUGUGGGAUUGAGUCUCACAAUUCCAUGCUCACUGAUCGGCCAGAUGUUCAUCAACAAUCAGACGGUCGGGGUAUGGUAUUGGAUUGGUGCGCUGUUGGUGCUGAUUUCUUUCAUAUUUGUGUCGCAAGAGGACAAG